AUGGGAGCCACACUAGCUUGCAAUUGGGCUGGAGUUGUCAAAGAGAGAGUAGUUGGGGGAAAAGGAGGAAUCCUAGGGAAAGCACUGGUAGGCAAGGAGAACAACGACCCAACAGUAGAUGAGGUGGCGGAUGAAAAACUUAAAAACUUGAGGACACUUGAACCAGAAGAUAUCUCAGUUGUUUUCAUUGCUUGUUGUUUUGUUUGGUUUAACAAUACAGCUUAUCCCAGUGAGUUCUAUGGACCUACCGGCCCAGAGGCCUCUCAAGCACAAGCAUUUACUUUUCUAGUUGCAGACCAACGUCUUGGAGCUAGUGUGAGGUCUGCCCAAGGGCCUACUGGUUUAGGUAAAUAUCUUAUGCGUUCUCCUACUGGAGAAAUUAUUUCUGGAGGGGAAACGAUGCAUUUUUUGGAUCUUCGUGCUACCUGGUUGGAACCUCUAAGAGGUCCUAAUGGUUUGGACCUGAGUAAGCUAAAAAAAGACAUACAACCUUGACAAGAAUGACGUUUAGCAGAAUAUAUGACUCAUGCUCCUUUAGGUUCUUUAAAUUCUAUGGGUGGUGUAGCUACCGAGAUUAAUGCGGUCAAUUAUGUCUCACCUCGAAGUUGGUUAGCCACCUCUCAUUUUGUUCUAGGAGUUUUCUUUUUCGUAGGUCAUUUGUGGCAUGCAGGAAGAGCUCGUGCAGCUGCAGCAGGAUUUGAAAAAGGAAUUGAUCAUGAUUUUGAACCCGUUCUUUCCAUGUCCCCUCUUAAUUAA